GUUUUCAGUGUGCAUGUUACGUAUUCCGUGGAUGCUACUGGUUACCAAAAUUACUGACCGUCAGAUUCAUAUAAAACCAUAAUAAAAACAGUUUACACGUGCUUGUUGUUUUGCUUGUGAUAACGGCGAUAAGAAGGUUUCCAUUGUUUCCGUUCUAAAGUUUCCCGAAAAACAAUGGAAACUGCCGUGGAUUUAGGAUUCUUAGAGCCUUGUGAAGAGUGGCUAUUGGCUAACAAGUUUUUUCGUAGCAAAGUGGGUGGAAAACCAGCUUGGCUUGAGCUGAAGAACAUUCCAAUUCCAAAGGAUUUGCUUUGCGACGGAUGUGAGGAGCCGUGUAUUUUUCUUUGUCAGGUGUAUGCUCCUUUGGAAGAUCAAGAAAAGUGUUUCCACCGGAUGCUGUACUUGUUCGUAUGUUCAAAUGCCAGCUGCUACCAGGUUAAUCAGAGCAAAAACAUCAAAGUGCUUCGCAGUCAGCUACCUCGCAGCAACGAUCACUACGACUUCGAUCCUCCAAAGGAAGAUAAGCCUUCGGAACCGGUUCCAUCGCCGGUGCCACUUUGCGUCGUCUGUGGCUGUCGCGGACCGCAGCAAUGCUCCAAAUGUCGAAAGGUGAACUACUGCGGUGUAGUGCACCAACGCUUGGACUGGAAGCAAAACCACAAAGCCGUUUGUGGGGCGACUACCAUUGUGGACAAUAAAAAUCAGAAUUCAAACAUCUUGUUCCCACAGUACGAGAUUGUAACAGAACCGGAGGAAAUUGAACAAACGACCAAGCUUACCGAGGAAGAGAAUGUCAAGAAGCAAAUGGAGGAAUACGACAAACUAGUCGAACAAGGUAAAAUUGGAGAAUUGAGCGAAGUGUCCGAAAGUGAAAUGGAUACAUAUGCGGAACAACUGGAAGACAAGCAUUUUGAGAAGUUUAAGCAACGUGUCGCUUUCGAUCCGGAUCAGGUUCUACGAUAUGACAGAAAGGGAAAACCGCUUUGGUUAUCCCCAAUCGUGCCUAGUGAAAUUCCUGAUUGCGAAUUAUGCCACGGCCCACGAGUGUUCGAAUUUCAGACAUUGCUCCAUUAUAUUUAAAAAUAGAUGUUUAGCUUAGGAGAGACGCAUCUAGACCAAGAGUGAUUUCAAAUUUUUAACUAACACAUUUAUUGAGAUGGAUGCAUAAGAAGGAAAGUCAGACACAAUCUUCUGAUACUACUAAGAUUCUGUCAUCAAUUCAGAUAAUGCCUCAACUGCUGAACAGUUUGAAAAAUGAAAACAUCGACUGGGGAACUCUGGCCAUUUUCACGUGUGAGCAAAGUUGUUCCACGCCCGACAACUGUUACAUCAAGGAAUACGUUUUUAAACAGGAUGUCAUCAGCAC